AUGGCCGCUGCUGCUUACUCCACUUGGCCGGAAAAGUGUGUAAACAACGUGUUUGUCGAUGCUAAUGUAACAAAAAGUGUAGCUUCUAAAUGUGUUGUAGACCUUGGUGAUUACAAGUUAUGUUAUGGCUUCACUGGCGUAGCUCAUGAGGAUAAGGUCGUCUUUUUGGCUUAUAGGUGAGGUUUUGCAAGUUAGACUAGCUUUGUAUUAGCUUUAUUUUAUCGUUUAUCGUUUUCCUAAUCUGACUUUUAAUACAUAUUAUUACUUUCAGAGGAACAGCCGGCUUCUUCCAGCUAAUAACCGAAACUUAUCAAACCGCGUUUCAACCCAUGGUUGAAGCCAAAAUAGGUGGCAAUGUCUCCGAAUACUUUUACGGUGUCUACGAAAAUCUUCAAACCGCCGGCCUAAACGAAGAAGUCUUGGCCUUAGCCAACCAAUACCCAGACUACCGUAUCUGGAUUACCGGUCAUUCACUCGGCGGUGCUUUGGCUUCUAUUUCGGCUGCUGAAUUGGUAAAAAUUCAAAACAUCUCCUCCGAUCGUAUCUUGAUCAUCACAUUUGGUGAGCCUAGAACCGGAGAUUCUGAAUAUGCCAACAACUAUGACGCCUUGGUGCCGAACACUUAUAGAGUUGUGAACCAGCGUGACAUUGUGCCACAUUUGCCACCACUUCGGUUGUUUGACUAUAUUCAUCAUAGUCAAGAGGUGUGGUAUGAGUAUGGCAUGGCAAACAUCUCUGAGUAUAAGACUUGUCCUGCUGAAAGUUGUGAUUGUAGCAAUCAAUACGGUGAUUUGUAUUCUGUAGCUGAUCAUUUGACCUAUUAUAUGGAGUUCAUCGUUGGGUAUGGAUGGUCUGGUUGUGGGGCUAUUGCUGCUUCUAUCAAACAAUUGCUUUGA